CAUUAGAGCGUGCUCGAUCAGUCAUGCUUGUUGAAAGUACGACAGGAAAACGACUUCAUUUAAUUAUAUGAGCUUUUUUAAAUCAAAUUGGAUUCCCUUCUAGAAGAAGUGUAGAACAUGGGGGUGGUUAGGAUGGAUUAAUCAAAAUUAGUAGAGCAAAUUACUUCUCUUAUCAAAAUGCAUUUUCACACUCCAACAAACAAAUACAAAAUGCAUUUCCACAUUCGAUCACAAAUCAAUAUUAGGUUUUAUUUAGCUCAUUCUUUCUAUCGUAAUUGUAGUUUUGAUGUCGUUUUUAAGAACAGAAUGACCAAUAUAUAAAAUUUUACACGAGAAAUGAUGAAGACUUGAAGUUGUGAUGGGAGAAGAAAAUUGAUUAUAUAAUUUCACAAUUUGUAACAACUACAGCUUAAAACGAUGAAAAGACACGUGUGAUUAGUAUGCGGAUGUUACAAUUGCAAUUCUCAAUAGAAACUCAUUCUUCUAUCACUAUUUAACAAAUUUAAAUUAAAUCUUCGUUAUGUGGAUCUCAUAUCCAAUCAAUACGAGAUACUCUUUUCUAUCCAAAUAUCUAGCAUGAAGUUGGAAUUGUCAUUGCUGCUCGAGUUUUGAGUACUUAUAAUCACAAGCAAAAGGGACGAGAAUGAACUGGAUAAAAAGUAUUGGGGGCAUAGUGGCGCUUCCGUUUUCUCGUUAUUCCCGUGCGCGCACUACUCUUCCUUGUUCCUUCCCUUCGCUCUCUCGAUCCGCCAUAUCUGCUUCUCCCCACCGUGGUUCCAGAUCCAGUUCGGCGGCCAUGGCGAGGGCAUCUCUCUCUCGCGGACUCCUAUGGAUCUCCCUCUUCUCUUCCGUCUUCUUCCUCCCCGCUCGCUCCUUCUACCUCCCCGGCGUCGCCCCCGAGGAUUUCCACACGGGGGAUGAAUUGAAAGUGAAAGUAAACAAAUUGACUUCCACGAAGACACAGCUUCCGUAUUCAUUCUAUUCCCUCCCUUUAUGCCGGCCGGGGAAGAUUGUCGACAGCACUGAGAAUCUCGGGGAAGUUCUUCGUGGUGAUCGCAUUGAGAACUCUCCUUAUGUGUUUAAAAUGAGGGAACCACAAAUGUGCAAGAUUGUAUGCCACACGAAGCUCAAUGAUAAGACCACUAAGGCGUUCAAGGAAAAGAUCGAUGAUGAGUAUCGGGUCAACAUGAUAUUGGAUAAUCUUCCUUUGGUUGUACCAAUUCCAAGGCUCGAUCAGGAAAAUUCGGUGGUAUAUCAGCAAGGGUUUCAUGUUGGUCUGAAAGGGCAGUAUGCUGGAAGCAAGGAUCAAAAGCAUUUUAUCCAUAACCACUUAUCAUUUACCGUCAAGUACCACAAAGAUGUUCAGACUGAUUCUGCAAGGAUUGUUGGAUUUGAGGUCAAACCAUACAGUGUCAAACAUGAGUAUGAGGGAGAAUGGAAGGGAGAGAACACCCGCCUAACGACAUGUGAUCCUCAUGCAAAACGAGCUGUUACCAGCUCUGAAACUCCCCAAGAGGUUGCGGAUAAGCAGGAUAUUAUAUUCACUUAUGAUGUCGAGUUCAAGGAAAGCGAUGUGAAGUGGGCGUCUCGUUGGGACACCUAUCUUCUAAUGGCCGACGAUCAGAUCCACUGGUUCUCUAUCGUCAACUCAUUGAUGAUUGUCCUGUUCCUCUCAGGCAUGGUAGCCAUGAUAAUGCUGCGAACACUUUACCGGGACAUCUCCAAGUACAACCAACUUGAGACCCAGGAAGAAGCCCAAGAAGAGACGGGAUGGAAAUUGGUCCAUGGAGAUGUCUUCAGGCCUCCAUCAAACUCAGACUUGCUCUGUGUCUAUGUUGGAACAGGCGUUCAGUUCUUGGGAAUGCUCCUGGUUACCAUGAUCUUUGCCGUUCUCGGUUUCCUCUCUCCUUCCAACCGUGGUGGGCUGAUGACCGCCAUGCUCUUGCUCUUCGUGUUCAUGGGCCUCUUUGCUGGAUAUGCUGCAACUCGCCUCUUCAAGAUGUUCAAGGGCACAGAAUGGAAGAAGAUAGCACUGAAAACCGCUUUCAUGUUCCCUGCAAGCGUCUUUGUGGUUUUCUUCAUCUUGAACGCCUUGAUCUGGGGCGAGAAGUCCUCGGGAGCUGUGCCAUUCGGGACCAUGUUCGCUCUGGUCUUCUUAUGGUUUGGAAUCUCUGUCCCACUGGUCUUCGUGGGCGCCUACCUGGGCUUCAAGAAGCCUGCCAUCGAAGACCCCGUGAAGACCAACAAGAUCCCAAGGCAGAUCCCCGAGCAGGCAUGGUACAUGAACCCUGCAUUCUCGAUUCUGAUUGGAGGAAUCCUCCCCUUCGGCGCAGUCUUCAUCGAGCUCUUCUUCAUCCUCACCUCCAUCUGGCUGCAUCAGUUCUACUACAUCUUCGGGUUCCUGUUCAUCGUCUUCGCCAUCCUCAUCGUCACCUGCGCCGAGAUCACGGUCGUGCUCUGCUACUUCCAGCUCUGCAGCGAGGACUACCUCUGGUGGUGGAGGUCGUACCUAACAGCAGGUUCCUCCGCUCUCUACCUCUUCCUCUACGCUGCAUUCUACUUCUUCACCAAGCUCGAGAUCACCAAACCGGUUUCGGGGAUCCUGUACUUCGGGUACAUGCUCAUCGGCUCGUACGGUUUCUUCGUCCUGACCGGCACCAUCGGUUUCUACGCAUGCUUCUGGUUCACGAGGCUCAUUUACUCGUCGGUAAAGAUCGAUUAAUCAUUGAUAUAUACGUGGGUUUUGUUAGUUAGUUCACAAAGUUAGAGUCUUUUUCUUGAGGGUUGCUAGUAGAAGAGAAGUGUGGAACACUGUUGUUAUUACUCUACUCCUGAGUUCUUUGCCCCUAUAGUUUUGAGCUCUCUCUGAAUCCGAACAGGGGAAAGAUAAAAGAAAGGAAUUCACAGUGAAAUCUUGAAUCUGGAAUUUAUAUCUACACGGAUUGUUUUUACAGGUGAUGUGCUGUUUCUAUCUUUGUAAUGUAUUUCUAAUAUUUGCGUCUUUUUUUUUUUAUGU